CGUCUCAGGCUUCUCCACCUGGAAAUUCCGUUGCUGCAUCCCUCUAUCUGUUGCUAAUAUUAUACUACACCAUGUUACUGGCAUGGCACUCAGAGAGCGAAAGUCGCUCGUGUUUGUGGCAUACAUAAUUUCGUUCGACUGAUCGACGUUGCACCUUUCAUCGCUUUCUGACAAUCAGGACCUUGCACCUUUUAGCUGUACCUCGAGUUCAGUCUUGUGAAUAAACUUAUCUCAGCUUCUUACCCUUCAGCUCUAGCUACUAGCUCAUCCUAGUUUACUUCUUGUUGUUGUAUCAGUAUGAAUACCGUCACAGCUCAGGCAGCUGGCGCAGCAGAUCCGCCAUGCUGCCCAUUUGUCCCCCUUUGUUUCGAGUGCGGGACUCGCCGCAAUCCCUGCCACUGCCGAAUUCUAGACCCAACUCUUGGGUUUGUUGCCUUCGCUGUGGCUGCAGCUUUUGAGUGGCCUGUUGGUGCAUUUGUUUACUGCUUCCGCCACCUCAAGGGAAGAAGAAUAAUGGCGCAUCCGGCCGCGGUUGUCUACCCCCGUGUAUCUGCUUGCCUUCCCAUCUAAAUCCAAUUUCUUCUCUGGAAGUUGGAGAAAUCCAUGGACUGCAUUGUAUACUUUUUUGUUUGAAGACGGGAGGGUUGGGUUUCAUCAAGGGGUUUUUUCUUUUUUCUUUUUUUGGUUUCAUCGAGUUUUGGCUUUAGAGUUGAAAGCAAUCCUCGAGAUCGAUUCGUUGGAGAAUAUCUGGUGUGGACAUCAUUUUGUAUAGUUUGGAGGCUCACUGUUGCCUGAUUCCAUUCGGCUCACUUAUGUACAAUAAACCGAGUCAAAACACUAGUUUUGACUUCAUUACUCUCUUUUGCA